UGCAGAUUGUGUUAAGGACUCCCAUGGAAGAAAAAUUCUUUGAAUGUCCUGAUUGUGGGAAAGCUUUCUGUUGUAAUUCCAAUUCGGUGAUAUACCAGAGGACUCUCAAAGGAGAAAAACACUUUAAAUAUCCUGACCGUGGGAGAAGUUCCAGUAAAAAUUCCAGCCUGGUAAUACAUCAGAGGAUUAACACCAUGGAGAAAACCUAUAAAUGUCGAGAUUGUGGGAAAGGUUUUGUUACAAAUUCCCGCUUUAUUAUACACCAGAGGACUCACACAGGAGAGAAACCCUUUGAAUGUCCUAUCUGUGGGAAAAGUUUCAGUCAGAAUGCCAACCUUGUGAGUCACCAGAGAACGCACACAGGAGAGAAACACUUUGAAUGUCCUAUCUGUGGGAAAAGUUUCAGUCGGAAUUCCUACCUGGUAAUACACCAGAGGACUCACACAGGAGAGAAACCCUUUGAAUGUCCUGACUGUGGGAAAAGUUUCAGUGAGAAUUCCAGCCUGGUAAUACAUCAGAGAACUCACACAGGAGAGAAACCCUUUGAAUGUCCUGACUGUGGAAAAGGUUUUAGUGAUAAUUCCAGCCUGGUGAAACACCAGAGGACACACACAGGAGAGAAACCCUUUAAAUGUCCUGAUUGUGGGAAAAGUUUCAGUCAGAAUUCCUACCUGGUAAUACACCAGAGGACUCACACAGGAGAGAAACCCUUUGAAUGUCCUGAUUGUGGGAAAAGUUUCAGUCGGAAUUCCUACCUGGUAAUACACCAGAGGACUCAUACAGGAGAGAAACCCUUUGAAUGUCCUGUCUGUGGGGAAAGUUUCAGUGAGAAUUCCUACCUGUUAAUACACCAGAGAACUCAUACAGGAGAGAAACCUUUUGAAUGUCCUGAUUGUGGGAAAAGUUUCAGUCACAAUUCUUGCCUGGUAAUACACCAGAGGAGUCACACAGGAGAGAAACCCUUUGAAUGUCCAGACUGUGGAAAACGUUUUAGUCAGAAUUCCCACCUCAUUAGACACCAGAGGACUCACACAGAUAAUAAACCCUUUUGAAUGUCCUGUUUGUGGGAAAAGUUUCAGUAGGAAUUCCUAUUUUUUAAUACAUCAGAGGACUCACACUGUGGGGAAACCUUUAAAAUUUCCUGUCUGUGAACUUUACUUCAAGCAUAAAUCAUCCCUUAGUGCACACAAGUUAAUCUACAUGAGGCAAAAGUUGAAGAGUUUAGAGAAGGAUUGAAUUUCAUUUGUGAUCUCCCAUUCACAAAGUAUAGGUGAGAAAUUGACUGAUUCUUUGUAUUCAAACUUUUCUCAGGAUUAAAAUUAUAAGUGGAGAGAAAGGAAAGUGGAAAAUGGCUAAUGACCAUUUUCUGGCUAUCAGCAGAAUCUUCUAGAUAUUUCCUUUUGCAG